CCUUCCUACCUAAAACCAACCCAUUUCUCUCCGAUGCUUGCUAGCAACACUUGUUUUCCUCCAUGACUCCAACUCCAGAUUAUAUACUGAUUACCUUCGAUUCGACCAGAAGAACCACUGCUUUUCCUGACCUGGUGGCACCGUCGAGCUAGUGUUUCCUGGGGGUGAGCUAUGAGAGACGCGCAAUCCCUUGACCUGCCUUAAGGUGUACCUUGUCGAGAGACAACCUCAACGACGAUACGCUUCUCGACCCCGGCGUGGCCUGAGCCGCCUGUCUUUCCAACCGCAAACAAUGCCCUGCCUGUUCAAUUCCUAUUGCAGACGACCUACCAUUAUUCCACGAUAACAUUAGCUUGUGGAACAUUCAGUAACAACAAGAAAUACAUUAUUGGCACUGUUAAUUUGACUACUAACCAACGGGACUGGCCACGGGGACAUUCGAGAAGUGUUGGUUAAGAGGAGGUCUACAAGAUUGGCCUGAGUUGAUCCGUGUCAUCUCUCUUCACUUUAACGGAGAUAGCUCUUCUAAAGACCCAGGUGACUCUGUGUGACAUCCGCGUUCACAUUGAGACCUUAGACGACCCUUACGGCGGGAAAAGAGAAAAAGCACGACACGAUGGCUGGAAGACCACCACCAAUCUCACUCGAGGCAGCCCUUGAGGAAGAGCGGAAAGAAAUCGAGAGCCUGAUGUCCAUGCCAAAGGUCUCGAGGCGAGCACCUUCAGUUGGACCACGAUCUCCUUCACCAUACAUGAGGUCACCCGUCCGCAGCAUGCUAGAUAUAGAUAGCCCACCACCUACACGACAGGUCACUCGAAGUAUGCUCGACAUUGACAGUCCUCUGCCUACGCCAUCAAGCACCCACACAUCUCCUACACUUACUUUUAAAACGCCCGUAGCGGACAAUACUACACGCAACCGAAGCAUGUCAGAUGCAGCUUCGAAUCCUGUCCAUGACCUGGCUCCCCGCUCUCCACCCCUCGUCAGCUCGAGAAACACUGAUUUGACGUCUGCAUACAAGUUUCAUGAUAUUUUACCAACGAAUGUGGGACAAGCUUUGCCGCAUAAGCGAGGUUCGGGUGCUGCACCUCGCGCAGGCUCGCUAGGCGAGGCCCUCCGCGGAUCUGACCUGUCCAGCCUAGUACUACCCGGCGAGUCUGGGCGCCCCUUUGCAUUUCGUAAGAAUAAAUCCAAAUCUCCAAACAAUAGGUUUUCUAUGCGGUCAAGCUCGCCUUUUGGGAGUGCCUCCAAACGUUCGCCACCCCAGUUAGCCAAUACAUUAAUGUUAGAUAAUGGCGAAAUGCUUGAUAUGAACAAUGCCUAUCGGCGCCUUUCAGAUGCGAAUUUGAUAUACGGAGGGUCAAGCCUGGCUUCACUGGCUCGCAAGAAACCGGAUGACUCGGACGGCUAUGGACGAAUCGCAAAAGACAACCUCAGCCCUUAUGGAGAAUUAUUACCGGAUGAGAGCGAUGACGAUGCAGCGAAUUCCUCGGACGAGGAGGACCAGAGAGGUAGAAAACUAACAACACGAGCCGAGUCUGAAGAAGACGGCCAUUCCAGCCAGAAUAAGGCCGCUAAGAGCUUGCUGGCGGCUGUCGAGGAUGAGCGUAAACAAGUGGCCGUGCAGCCUCAAUAUAGGUCGUUGUUUGAUGAUACCCCGAUCACAGUCACGAGUCCAAAUGGUGAGAAAACGAAGGCUAAAUCGACGAAACAAGUAGUUCAGCCGGCGACUAGCUUUGACCAGGACCCCAUCUCAGGGACACAGACACCGCUUGACCCUGACCUGGACGCCGAUGUGAAUGCUAUCAAGGCAGCGCAGAAUCUCCAGCUUUCUUUAACUCCCAUUAUCUCGACACCAGAAGUGAACCGUACUAUCCGGAUCAUCUACCGAGGAGAGUUUCCGAAAAUCCAGAAGGAGGCCGAAGAAGAGCACAGGCGGCUAAGGAAAUACUUGGUGGCGACAGAUUUGAGCGACGAAUCCACGCAUGCUCUAGAGUGGGCCAUUGGAACCGUGCUCCGCGAUGGAGAUACUCUCAUUGCCAUGUAUUGCAUAGAUGACGAAGCUAGUGGCUCCGGAGAUGCGGGCGGCCCGGUGCUGGAUGAUCCGAAAGCCAUGAAAGAACAAGCGGCGGCAGUCAGUGCCAUGGCUAAGGCGAGUAAUGCGCGGGCCAGUCAGGGUAGCAGCAGCCCAAGUUCUUUCGCCUUCAGCCGAGCAACUAAUUCACCGCGCCUGCGGGCGACUGACGGUGGUAGUACCACAUCGUCACCGGCCCCCGGAUCAAGGAACAAAGGCAGAACCGAAGAGGAGAGAGAACGAGCCACUAUGGACAUCACAGAAAGGGUGUCAAAGCUACUACGCAAGACGCAACUUCAAGUGCGAGUAAUUGUGGAGGUGAUCCACUGUAAAAACCCGAAGCACCUUAUCACAGAAGUGAUUGACUUAAUCAACCCUACACUUGUGAUUCUGGGGAGCCGGGGAAGGAGUGCUUUGAAAGGCACCCUCCUGGGAUCGUUCUCUAACUAUCUAGUGACCAAGAGCUCCGUUCCGGUCAUGGUAGCACGCAAGCGGCUGCGUAAGAAGAGCAAGUAUCAGCCGCCGCCGAUGAAGCAGGUCAAUAACCUAGCCAACCCAUCAGCGCGAAGCCUGGAAACAGCGAGAAUUGACUAGUUGAACCACUACUUAUUUAGUUGAGGUCGAUACACUAGUUCUCCAUGAGCCUCUCUCAUUUACUUUCCUCUCUUUUCUUUCUCUUUUUGUCACGGUCCUUU